CAAGUCCAGCCACGGGUGUUUUAUCACGUCACGUCAACUUCCGCUCGCCAUCUUUGUUUCAACAAGGGAAGACUAGUCGAGCUCCGAGCAAAAUCCAUCGAUAGUUGGGCCGCCAGCUUCAAGACCCUCAAGACUCAGCUCAGACAGGAGCAUGUAAACAUCUGGUGGAACAUGUUAGACAUGGUAGCUCCUCUUGGUCUGCAGGUUCCUGUGUUUGCCAACUCCACCCAGUGGAUGAAGCCUGUUUCUCCCAAGCUUUCUUCAUGAUGUUAAUGGGGAUGAUUACAUUUUUCCAACAUCCUGUAGGUUCUGACUUCAAAGGCUCAGUGAGAUGGCACAACAUCAGAGCUGCCCUCCUCUCCUCCUCAUCACUCUGCCACUCCUGCGGCGUUGCUCUCUGCUUGAAGGGGACACUGGCCUGCUCCUCACCCACUGAUUCUGCAUGACUGUCACAAAGAUGUCAUGGCGUCCGACCUACCGAAGCUCCAAGUUUCGAAAUGUCUACGGAAAAGUGGCCAACCGGGAGAACUGCUUUGACGGCAUCCCCAUCACCAAGAACGUCCAUGACAACCACUUCUGUGCCGUCAACUCCAAGUUCGUGGCAGUCGUCACCGAGAGCGCCGGCGGGGGCUCCUUCAUUGUUCUACCUACAAACCAGCCGGGCCGUCUGGACUCUCAUUACCCAAAAGUGUGCGGCCACCAAGGCAAUGUGCUGGAUAUCAAGUGGAACCCCUUCUUUGAGAACAUCAUAGCAUCCUGCUCUGAGGAUACCUCGGUGCGAGUAUGGGAGAUCCCAGAAGGUGGUCUGAGACGAAACAUGACAGAGGCGGUGCUGGAACUGUACGGUCACAGCAGACGGGUCGGUCUGAUCGAGUGGCACCCCACCAGCAGCGGCAUCCUGUUCAGUGCUGGCUAUGACUAUAAGAUCCUGAUCUGGAACCUGGAGAUCGGGGAGCCGGUGAAAAUGAUCGACUGCCACACCGACGUCAUCCUCAGCAUGUCCUUCAACACAGACGGCAGCCUGCUGGCCACCAGCUGCAAAGACAAGAAGCUGCGUGUCAUCGAGCCGCGCUCUGGGACAGUCCUACAGCAUGCCAGUUGUAAGAACCACCGCGUAAACCGGGUGGUGUUCCUGGGCAACAUGAAGCGCCUGCUCACCACAGGGGUUUCUCGCUGGAACACCCGGCAGAUCGCUCUCUGGGAUCAGGAGGAUUUGUCCAUGCCAAUUGUGGAGGAGGACAUAGACGGCCUCUCAGGACUGUUGUUUCCCUUCUAUGAUGCUGACACACACAUGCUGUACCUGGCAGGAAAGGGGGACGGCAACAUCCGCUACUUCGAGAUUACCACAGAGAAGCCAUACUUACAAUACCUAAUGGAGUAUAGGUCCCCGGCCCCACAGAAAGGUCUAGGUGUGAUGCCAAAGCACGGGCUGGAUGUAGGAGCUUGUGAAGUGUUCCGCUUCUACAAACUUGUGACCCUUAAGGGUUCAAUUGAACCCGUUUCGAUGAUUGUGCCAAGAAGGUCAGACACAUACCAGGAGGACAUCUACCCCAUGACAGCGGGAACAGAACCUGCGCUGUCUGCCAGUGAAUGGCUGAGCGGAAUAAAUAGAGAUCCGGUCUUGAUAUCCUUAAAAGAAGGUUACAGCCGUCCAAACAAGCUAGUGUUCAAGGCCCCAGUGAAGGAGAAGAAGAGUGUGGUAGUGAACGGUAUCGACCUUCUGGAGAAUGUACCACCGAGGACAGAGAAUGAGCUCCUGAGGAUGUUCUUCCGGCAGCAGGAUGAGUUACGGCGACUGAAGGAGGAGCUGACCACCAAGGAUGUGCGAAUACGCCAGCUGGAGCUGGAGCUCAACAACCUAAAGAACGUUAGCCCCAACAACGUGUGACCUCUCAGCUGCAUGGACUGACAAAGCUGCUUCCUUUUUGCCCCCAAUUCUGACCUCCAACAAGCCUCUGAGCCCUCCAGUCCAUCUUUUUUAUAUGUCAUAAAUUAAUUCCUGCUGCCCUGCAUAGUGCACACAGUAAUAUGAUAAAUGUCUUAACUGAUGCAAUUACUGGAAUAACAUUAUUAUAAUUAAUAAGAUAAAUAAUGUAAGCGAGGCAGUUCUCAUGGGAUGCCACCUUAAAAUGAAAUCAAUGAUAGGGAUUCAGUAUCAUGAGGGUUUCUCUCUGUUUUUAAAACUUCAUAUUCUUGAUCAAACACUCUCAGUGUUAUGAUCCCUUGCUGCAUAUUUCUGCCAGACCUCCUGUGUGUUUGUCUCACUAUGCCUACCCUAUGAUUCAUGUGGCAAUACACAGGCAAACGAGCCUCUCCACUCAUCGCCCUGUAAUGACCAAAACAUCAUCUAGUUCUCAUUAUUGCUGGGGCAACACUGGAGGAUAAAAGACUGCGUCUGGCACCUACUUUUCUUCCCUAAGGCCUUAGACCCUGCUGCAGACACAGAUUGCAGUGAGCUGCAGCAUCCUCUCAAAAUGGCUGACGUGAAGUGGUUUUGCAAGAUGAGACGAGCUUUUGCAGACACAGAUCCUGUCUUUCCUCUGAGCUGCUCAUCCCUUACUGUUUCUUUCACCCACAAAUGUUGCUGGCUAUAAAUUGACUUCACAGAGCUGAUAAACAGCUACUCAAAUGCAGUCUUUCUACCCAAGGAGAGUGGAUGGCUCACUCACUCAGAGUAUUUCUGUUCUUUAUUUAAACAGUGGGGAAUCAGCAGAGGAGACGUGGAUCCCGAGGCAGUGGACUUGCGUAACUACUCGAUUAUAGUCUCAAGGGACGCUUUGCUGGCUUUUGGUUUUUAGGGCUAAUUUUGAGGAUGGGGGAGGGGGGUGAUGUAUAUUUGCUUCUAUUUAUUUGUCAUAUUUUACCUUUUUAGCUAAUAACAUGUUUAUUUGUUAACCACAUUGUUUUUGUAAGAUGUGGCUGCGCAAGUAAUGAUUGUGACGCUUGAUAGAUUUCGCUGAAUGUUUCCAGUUGAAAUGGUGCAAGAUUUGUGUGAAACUGUACCUUUAACGGUGUUUGGUCUUUGACCCCGACAACAUACCUUCAGAUGAGGUAUGAAAAUAUCCUCUUGCCUAUUCCUAACAGUACAAGAGACUGUCAUAAUAACCAUCCUUUUACAUUUAAACUAAGUAUAUCACUAUGACUGAGAUGUGUUAACAUGUAGAUGUGUCAUUUUCUCUAGAGACUCCUGCUCAUCUCCUUCUUCACUUACACCAUGACUAGACGAAGGCUAAAUCACAGUUGAAAGGCCUUUGCUCAACUUUUCUGUUCCAACAGGUUUUUCCACCAGUCUGACAUUUAAGAGAAGUGUGGACUGGCUUUGCAAUUGAUUGACUCAAUUAUGCCAGUCAGGUUCAAAAAAAGGGUCUGCUUAACAUUCAGUUUGUUUCUUAAUCCAGGACCAGUCUCAGUCAGACCGGUCUGAUUAUUGAUCCUGCUUUUGAAAUACCAAGAAAAUGAAGAUGAUCUGCUGCAUGCAUAACAAGAAAGGGAUUUAUAGAGAGAGAUAGAGUAAGAAGUAAGAGAAGGGCACAAGUCUUCCUCAUCACAUCAAAAUACAAUCUGAAAACCUCAACGUUUGAACCUUUGUAAUUCAGACUUGACCCUCUGACAUGUUUAUGGUUGAUGUGUAUGUUUUUGCAGGGAAAAUAAAAGGCUACAGUGAAAGUAGAGAGGGAUCCAGCAGUAAUGGAUCAUCCACAGAGGAGAGACAGGUGAAGUUGCAGCUGGAGUUGUGCUAUGUCAGGCGCUUUCUUAUACUGAUGACUUAAGUUAACCACCAUGUUAAUUUCUGGGAAGGUAGGAAAACAGGAUUGUAGGAUUUGUAUGCUUUUAAAAUGACUGGAUCUCUCUUUGUAGACUACACAUGUUGGGAAACAAGUAAAUCUGAGCGUUAGAUUGCUCAGUUUGGUCUCCUGUAGUACUGUAAGUAUUGUGCAGCUUGGAGUUAUGACACCUUUGUCAUUGAAAAGUGCAACCUGGAGCAAACAUCCAUACGGAGAAAAUGAAUGAAGACUGGAACUGUGUACAUUUUAUCAUGUGAAUCUGUCAAACAAGGACCACAAACUUCCAAACAUAUAUAAAAGGGAUUUAUUGAAGUGAAUGGGAGGAGAAAAAAAAGAAACAAUUUGGCUGAUGACAGUGGAUGUAACAUAAAGUGAAAAAUCACUGAGGUAGGCCAAUUUGACCAUUAGGUAUAAUAGUGAAAACAAAGUCCAAAUAACUGACUUUUACCAGAGUUUACACUUUGAAACAAUAAAUUUUCAAUGCACAUAA